AACCUUCUAGAAGAAUCCUUUUUUGUUAUUUAUUAUUUUUAUUUCUCUCCCGAUAGGUUUCAAUAUUUAUAUUUUGACCAAAAUAGUUAUAAAAGGUACAAACAGCACCCAGUUGUUGGUGAAAAAUCACCAAUUGAUUUUUAAAUUUUUAACUCUUAGAUAUAUGACCAUUUUGAUCUUCACCGAGUAGAAUAACAACCAAAAGGAAGAUAAUUUAAUUACCAGAAAUUGGAAUGGACCAUCUAACUAAUAUUGGAAAACUUUUAAGGCGGAAAUAAUACUUUGAAAGAAUUUGAGGUGUUAAAUGUAAAAAGUAAAUAAUAUAAAGGAACCCUAAUAAUAAAUAAGAGUGGUCGUUCAUUGCUUACUUCCAUCUUCUCCAAUUCUUGCAGCAUCGCUUCUCCGACGUUUAUCACCACCGAAUUCGUUCACCGAGAGGUUGAAGCUUGGCUCAAUGAGGGGAAGGAGCUACACUCCGUCACCACCAAGGGGUUAUGGGAGGAGGGGUCGAAGCCCAAGCCCUAGAGGCCGCUAUGGAGGUCGUAGCAGGGACCUCCCAACCAGUCUUUUGGUUCGCAAUCUACGCCAUGAUUGCAGGCAAGAAGAUCUCAGGAAGUCAUUUGAGCAGUUUGGCCCGGUCAAGGACAUAUACCUACCAAGGGAUUAUUAUACCGGAGAUCCGCGAGGGUUUGGUUUUGUUCAAUUUAUGGACCCUGCUGAUGCUGCUGACGCAAAACAUCACAUGGAUGGUUAUCUUCUUCUUGGCCGUGAGUUGACUGUCGUGUUUGCAGAAGAGAACAGGAAGAAACCGACCGAAAUGAGAGCAAGGGAGCGUGGUGGAGGAAGAUUUCGGGAUAGAAGGCGUACUCCUCCUCGUUACUACUCUCGCUCUCGUUCUCCUCCCCGUCGACGUGAUAGAUCUCGGUCACGGAGCGGUGACUAUUAUUCUCCUCCCCCUAGAAGACAUCACCCAAGGUCUAUCUCACCCAGGGAAGAGCGAUAUGAUGGGAGGAGGUCAUACUCGCGCUCACCUGCCUCUAAUGGCUCAAGGGGUCGCAGUUUAACUCCGGCCAGAGGUAAUAGCCGCAACUUAAGUCCCAGCCCUAAAAGAAGCAUAAGCCGUAGCCCAAGAAGAAGCAGGAGCCCGAGCCUGAAGAGAAAUAGGAGUCUUAGCCCGAGAAGAAGCAUAAGCCGUAGCCCUAGAAGAAGCAGGAGCCCGAGGAGAAGCAGAAGCUACACUCCUGAACCCGCCAGAAGCAGGAGCCAGAGCCCGCAUGGGGGGCAGUAUGAAGAAGACCGCUCGCCAAGCCAGUGAUUUGCUAGUCUUGUCUAGAUUAUGGUUGUGUGGUGUACCCUUAUCCUAAGACAAAGUUUAGAACUAAAAGGAUGAGAAAUUUUAUGUAGGGUGGAAUUUGGCUUUUUAUGUUUUGGUCUAUGGAGUGGAGCAUGGUACUGUUAGUAUUGACUAUUGAGUUCUUUAAGAUAUAAUCUCAGGUUAUUAUAAAA